AUCGACAUCACAAAUGAUGAGAUCUUGGUUUUCAAUAUGAAAGCUUAUCAAGCAUCAGAUUCAGAAGGUUAUUAUGCACACCGACCGCAAGAGAAUCAUCGUUACAGGUAUUCCAGGAAUGUACAAAUUACAUAUGGAGCUGGCCUAUCACGAGAUGGUUAACAUGCACACCGUUGUUGCUAGAUAUUCAAAAGUAUUUGAUUGUGAUUCAUCUCAAGAAGAAAUAUUUGAGCACAUCUGCAAACCAGUUAUUGAUGGGGCGAUGGCUGGAUAUAAUGGAACGAUAUUUGCAUAUGGUCAGACCGGAAGUGGAAAAACAUACACAAUGACGGGAAGUAGGGCAAAUUUUCAAGAGCGUGGAAUAAUUCCAAGGACGCUUUCGUAUAUAUUUCAGCGAUUCCAGGAGAUGGAGGACGGAAUGGAACUUCAGGCCGUGUACAUUUCCUACCUGGAAAUUUAUAAUGAGAACGGCUACGAUCUCUUGCACCCAAAUAUGGCCUCUGGAAAACUGGACGAAUUGAAGCAAGCCCUACUUUAUAGUUAUCAAUAUUCUAAAUAAUCAUUGUACUUUCUAUUCCCACACUAAUCAACUAAUUUUAAUACUGCACAUAAUUCAGGAAAGUCUCAUUGAUGGAAGACUCACAACAGCAAAUUCAUCUGAAGCAUUUGUCGGUGAAUCCGGUUGCAGAUGAGGAUCAAGCCAUGCAUCUUUUCUAUAUGGGAGAGCAUCACAGAACGAUUGCUGAAACUCCAAUGAAUGAAGCUUCAACUCGAUCCCAUUGUGUCUUUACGAUACACGUGCAUACUCGUGAAUCUCAAGGAACUCUUGUUCGUAGAUCAAAGAUUCAUCUAGUCGAUUUAGCAGGGUCUGAGCGAAUAGCAAACAGCAAUAUUUCUGGUCAGCUAUUCAACGAAGCUCGUCAUAUUAAUUUAGCUCUUCACUACUUGGAGCAAGUAAUUGUCGCUCUGGGUGAAGCUAAUCGAACUCACAUACCGUACCGUAACUCCAUGAUGACCUCGAUAUUAAGGGACAGUCUUGGUGGCAACUGCAUGACAUCAAUGAUUGCAACGCUCUCCUUGGAGAGUAGGAAUAUUCCAGAGACAAUGUCAACGUGCCGCUUUUCUCAGCGUGUUGCACUUGUUACAAAUGAUGCCACUUUGAACGAAGAGGUUGACCCCGACCUUUUAAUUGCUCAACUCAAAGCUGAGAUAAAAAGGCUAAAGUCCGUCAUGUCCGUAUCCUCAAUCAAACCGAUAAGCGAGGAUUCUACUCCCCUCAAUUCCCAAGAGUUUCAAGAAUGUUGCUCUGCUGUGCAAGAGUUUCUAAUGGACCCCGACGACGACGCCCUUCUCACAAUUCCCCCCGAUAUGCGUUUAGUUCAGCAAUGUUUCCAGUGCUUAAAGUGUGCUUGCAACGAGACACAUGCAAAAGUGACGAAUGCCAUGGAGGUGUACAAGUACGCUCCGGAGACGGCCCAAUUGGUAGGAGAUCAGAGGGUUCAGCAACUUUUAAAAACAUUGAGUUCUCGGGAAAAUGAAAUCAAAGUCCUCUCAAAAAUGCUGAAAGAUACGCAAGAGAAGAGUAAAAGAGCCUUAAACGAUCCAAAUAACCUUCAGUCGAAAAAUUUCGGCCAAGAUAUUGAAGCAAAUUUAGCCCAAUUUCAAGCAGUGACUGAUACUCUAAUUAAACCACCGUAUUCACCACCAUUGACUUCCAGGCCCUUGAUAGACAAGGAAUCAUUGAUUCUUGAAGGAUUCAGUGAAAGAAAGAAAACUGCUUGGGAAAAUUUUCUUAGUUCGUGUCCAGAUAAAGAACAUCUGCAUGCGACGAGAGAGAGCCUCAUUAAAUAUCGCUCCGAAGUGGAGAAAAUCAAGAGCAAAAUGAACAAAGAGCAUGAAACGCUGAACCUCUUGAAACGCUCCAUGAUGACUUCUGUUUCGAAUGAAGAGAUAUCACUCAACAAUUCCUUGUAUAAAGAGGCCUGUGCUACUCAUAAUCAAACGUUGGCAAAAAUGGAUAAGCAAUUGUUGGAUGUAACUGAGGAAGUCAUGAAACACGAGAACAUGUUGAAAUGCAUGUAUACGAAAAUGGUCGAAGCGUUUGAAAGCAUGUGGGACAACAGGGACGGAGGAUAUGUUAAAAAUGGUGCCAUAUAUUGUGAAAUUAAUGAAAGUCCAUUAAAGCAUGUUGCAGCCGGUGUAUUCAAGCGGUCCGACUCCGACAUUGACUUCAAGAACAAGGUUCCUACUCUGAAUGAUCUUGGGCUGAACAAACCAUUUUUGCAAAAGCCGUGGAAGGAAACAGAGGAAAAUACUCCACCAAAAACAGCUUCAUACUCAAAAACCAAGCAACGCAGAGAGGAUGAGCCACAAUCUAGUCGAAAUAAAAAACCGAUUGAGCAAUCCAUAGAAUCCUUGUUGGGAGAUCGAAUUACGCCUCGUGCCGCAACAGUAGCGUGCUCAGAUCCAAAUGAUAACGACAUAAGAGGUUCCUCAUCAGCAGAGGAUUUGGAAGCUCAAGACAAAAACAAUAACGCCUUGUCAGACUGUCCAAUUACUGGCGACCCUGUCACAGAUCGUGAAAUUCUUAAUUUUAUUCGAAAGCGGCAAGCAGCCUUUAAAAAACUACACGAAGCUGGUCGAUCUUUGCAAGAAAUGUCCACCACAAAUUGUACGACUAGCGAAAAAUCACCCCGAAAUGAAUCAACGCGUGGUGAUAACCAAUAAAUCGCCCCAUUAUGACAAUGCCUUAUUUUAUCAAUUAUGAUAAGCUGAAAUAUGUCACACACCAACAGAGCCCGUUUUGUACAGGAAUCAUGCGAGUGUAUGUAUGUCAUUAUAUUUUAUGCGAUUUUAUGCACAUUAUUAUGCGCUACUUUAUGUUACUACGAACUAUUACGUAGAGUUUUAAUACACUAUGCACAAUCAGGCGAGUUCAAAUUCGAUGAAUGAAUGCUUACAAUGCUAUUUUUUGUUUAGACAAGUUUACCACAACGAUCUAUUGUUCAAUUUGGUUAAAUAGAUUUCAGUAUGCACAUAAUGAUGUCCCAGUUUCUAAUUACAUCUAUAAUAAUAAUUGCUAGAACUUAAAUAAUAAGGUACAAGGCCAUUUAUGUAAACAUAUUUUAAAACCACAGACUAUAAUUUUUAGCGUAUUCUUACCUUUGUACUCUACAUGAUGAAAAAUUUCGAAAUCAUUUGCAUCAUACUGUGCAGUACUAACCGGAUUGUUCUCCCUGCUGUAAUUGGGAAGCUGGGGUCAAAUGAGGAGUUACAAGACAAUCGCAUAAAAAUUACCCCACUUCGGAUGGAAACUUAUAAUGAAAAUAUUAAUGAUUUGGAGGAAUUAGUGAAGAAAACCAAACUGAAUAAAGUAAUUUUAGCACCGCAUCGACACAUUGGCAGAGUGCCACAACCACCAUACCCAAUCUUUAAUGAUCCACCUUCAGGCCUUUCCGCAGAUCAGAAGCAUUCCAGCUCAAAGUGGACAGACGACUCCCUAUCGGCUCAGCGACACGCAUUUAUUUCCAUUCUAAACGAACAUCAACGACACCCAAAGCGAUCAAAGCAUGUCAGUGAUGAAGACCGCUACAUUAUUCUAUCGUUCGACCCAAAAACUAAGAAAUAUUCCAUCAAGGAAGAAUCUUCCGAAUAGUUAAUUAAAUACCCUAGAAACUUUAGUAGACUUUUCUUCGCCGUCUGCAAAAAUUGCAGUCUUUCUUUAUAACUCGCUUAUCGAAUUUCAAAAUUUCCCAUCGGGUUCUUUAUUUUUUGUCAGAAUAUACCCAAAGUCAAAAUAAAGUGUAUGAUUCUAUUUACAUCCAGAAAA